GUAAGACGUACGGAGACCUCAAGUCAGUAUCGUUUAUUAAGCAGAGACGCAAGAUCAACAUACGGAGGAGAUAUACACUAUUUUAAAUACGCCGAGAAUAAUGAUUUAGACUUUUUUCAGAGAGACAAAGACCAAACAAUAAAAGAUAUUUUCAACGUUUCCUUCGAUCGCGUACCGCGUGUUCUUCUCGAAAUUAGGGUUUCUCCUUCUUCGAUUUUAUUUUGUAUGUCCCUAUCUGUUAAUCUGCCUUCAUUUUUACGGCUAUGUGGUAGAUUUAUAAGAUCAGAAGGGCUGAAUUUUGAUUUUUUGAGUAUGCCAACAUCAUGGGCUGAUUCAGUUGAGAAUGCGGCACCCGUUGGUGGUGUAGGGACAGCAUCCACCCAGUCCCGUGGAGGUCGAUCUGCAUAUGUUCCCCCACAUCUUAGAAAUAGGCUGUCCUCGUUAGACACACCAACAGCUCCCGUUUCCUAUGCCACUGCUGCUUUGGGUAAUGACUGCUUGGGAUACAGUGGUCUGUCUGCAGGGGGGAGUCAUUCCGGUGGUCCUAGAGGUGGUGGUGGCCGCAUUGGUGGUGGUUGGAACAAUAGAAGUGGUGGUUGGAAUAAUAGAAGUGGUAGGGAAAGGGAGGUGAAUCCUUUUGGAGAUGAUGAUGAUGAUACCGAACUGGCAUUUGGUGAUCAAGAGAACACAGGCAUCAAUUUUGAUGCUUAUGAGGAUAUCCCAGUGGAGACUAGUGGGGAAAAUGUUCCUCCUCCUGUGAAUACAUUUGCAGAUAUUGAUCUAGGUGAAGUACUGAACCAGAAUAUUAGGAGAUGCAAGUAUGUGAAGCCAACCCCUGUGCAGCGGCAUGCAAUACCAAUCUCAAUCGCUGGCCGAGAUCUGAUGGCUUGUGCUCAGACUGGUUCUGGGAAGACGGCUGCCUUUUGCUUUCCCAUAAUUAGUGGAAUCAUGAGGGGUAACCAUUUUGCUCAGAGACUGCCACGCAUGCCACGCAUGGCAUUUCCAAUGGCUCUCAUUCUUUCACCGACAAGGGAGCUUUCAUGCCAAAUUCAUGAUGAAGCUAAGAAAUUUGCAUAUCAAACUGGUGUCAGGGUGGUUGUUGCUUAUGGUGGUGCACCCAUUAAUCAACAGCUUCGAGAACUUGAGAGAGGCGUGGAUAUACUUGUGGCAACUCCUGGACGCUUGGUUGAUUUGUUGGAAAGAGCAAGAGUUUCAUUGCAAAUGAUUAGAUAUCUAGCCCUAGAUGAGGCAGAUAGAAUGUUGGACAUGGGUUUUGAACCUCAAAUAAGGAAAAUUGUGCAACAAAUGGACAUGCCUCCUCCUGGUAUGAGACAGACAAUGCUGUUUAGUGCCACUUUCCCGAAAGAGAUACAGACACUGGCUGCAGAUUUUCUAUCCGCUUACAUCUUUCUGGCUGUUGGAAGAGUUGGUUCUAGUACUGAUUUGAUUGUCCAAAGAGUUGAAUAUGUUCACGAGAGUGAUAAAAGAAGUCAUUUAAUGGACCUCCUCCAUGCACAGAAGGCAAAUGGUGUCCAUGGCAAGCAAGCUCUUACACUGGUUUUUGUGGAGACGAAGAAGGGAGCUGAUUCACUUGAACAUUGGCUUUGUAUCAACGGUUUCCCGGCCACUGCUAUUCACGGUGACAGAACGCAACAGGAGAGAGAACAAGCUUUGCGAUCAUUUAAAAGUGGCAUGACUCCAAUUUUGGUUGCAACAGACGUGGCAGCACGUGGUCUUGAUAUCCCUCAUGUUUCACAUGUUGUUAACUUUGAUCUUCCUAACGACAUUGACGAUUAUGUCCACCGUAUAGGACGCACUGGCCGUGCAGGUAAAACUGGGUUGGCAACUGCCUUUUUUAACGAGAAUAAUUCCUCCUUGGCAAGAUCAUUGUCCGACUUAAUGCAAGAAGCAAACCAAGAGGUGCCUGCAUGGCUGUCCCGAUUUGCAGCCAGGUCAACCUAUGGGAAAAAUCGACGUGGAGGAGGCCGAUUUGGUGCUCGUGAUUUCCGAAGGGAUUCAUCCUUCAGUCGAGGUGGUACUGACUACUACGGUGUGGGGAACAUGGGAAAUAACUAUGGUGCUUCUGGUGGUUAUGGCGGAGCUUCUGGUCCUGGUGUGACUAGUGCGUGGGACUAACAACCUACAGUUUGGCUAUUGCAAAAUGCAGUUUUAUCUUAGCAAACUUCUGUUCUUAGAGGGGAAUCUAUUGGCUUUUGUUUUUUCGAAUUCCACUUUUCAGCAUUGAAGUCCUUCGGUUGAACCCCCAUCCCCGAUUGAGGGUGGGUUGAUAUGGGGAAUAAGGAUUGAGAUGUUCGAUGUUGGCAAGCAAUGGAGAGAGAAUUACUAACCUGUUAGGAUUUGCAGUGUCUUCUUCUACUUCCUUUUUGUCUCUUUAAAUUCUUGAAGGAAUUUUUCUUUUUCUUUUUCCUCCCCCCCCCCCCCCCCCCCCGGUGAUGUUGGAAUCUGGAGUGGAAGGGUAGAGGGUUCAGUUAGUGCCAGCAUUCUACUUGUACAUCUCACAGGUUUAUUAUUUUCUUACUGUUGGUUGUAAAUACCUUCUGAAGAUCCCCAUCAGGGUAUUUCAAUGACUGAUUUUAACUUUUGAUUAUGUUGUAAUAUUCUACUUAGCACCAAGUUUCUCA